CACUCAACACUCACCACUCAACCUCACAACCUCCCUAGUCCUCACUCCUCACUAUGGUCCGCGUUUCUGCUCUUGUUGGCCUCGGCCUGGCUGCCGUUGCCUCUGCCCACCCCGGCCACGAUGUCAAGGCUGAAGCCGCUGAGCGCGCUGCUGCCUUGAAGGGUAUCCGUGCCCGUGGUGUCGAGCAGUGCUCGACCCAGCUCGCCGCUCGCGGCGUCGAGGCCAACAACAUUGCCCGCCGCGAGCAGACUCUCAAGACCCUCCGCAAGGCCCGUGGUCUCGACGGUCCCCUCCUCAAGGCCCGCGACCUCACCCCGCUUAAUGAAACACAUGAGUCCGACCUGGUUGUCGACCUCGCUGUUGAUCCUGAGGUUCUCUUCUCCUCUGGUGGCUCGUGCGUCCUCGCUGAGGAUGUCACCCAGGGUCCAUACUACGUGAGCGGAGAGCUCAUCCGCAACAACCUCGUCGAGGACCAGGAAGGUGUCCCGCUGUAUCUGGACAUUCAGCUCAUCGACUCCAACUCUUGCGAGCCCGUCCCCGACGUCUACAUUGACUUUUGGCACUGCAACGCUACUGGUGUCUAUUCUGGUGUCGUCGCAUCCGGCAAUGGAAAUUCUGAGGACGAGUCAAACUUAGACUCGACUUUCCUCCGCGGCCUUCAGCGCACCGAUACCCUCGGCGUUGCCUCCUUCCACUCCAUUUUCCCAGGACACUACACCGGACGCGCAACACACAUCCACGUCCUCUCGCACCCCGCCAACAGCACAAAUGUAAACCGCAACAACGAAACCAUCACAGACAUCUACUCGUCGAAAUCCUCCCACGUCGGCCAGAUCUUCUUCGACCAGGACCUCAUCACGCAGGUCGAACUCUCCAGCCCCUACGCCAGCAACACGCAGGAACUCACCCUCAACGCGGACGACAGCAUCCUCCUCCAGGAGCUCAACAGCGACAUCGAUCCGUUCGUCUCCUACGUGCUGCUGGGCGAUGAUAUUACCGAGGGCGUGUUUGCUUGGGUGACGGUUGUCGUUGAUUCGUCUGCUAGCACGGAUGUUUCGCCUGCGGCGUACUAUACUGAGGAAGGGGGUGUGGAGAACGAGAACUCGGGUAUGGGUGGGUUUGGGGGUGGUAGCGGCAGUCCUGGUGGUGAGAUGCCCAGUGGUGGUGUGCCUAGUGGCAUUCCAACUGGUGCUCCUCCUUCUUAGGUGAUCAUAUGGGGUAUUGAGUACUUGGAGUAGAUUAGUUGGUUGCUUAGUGAUAGGUAGAACCGUGGUCGUGUACUAUACCAAUCUAGAACAUGUCAGAGUGUUUAUCUUAUGGAUCAUUCUUCAUUGGC